AUGAUCAAUAAUUUCAACAGAUUUAAUAGAAAUUGUAUGAAACCUUAUACAUGGCUUAGGUUUAUUUCAACUGCACCUGUUCCUGACAUUGACUUAAGUUACUAUUGUAAUCCAAAACAUGCACUAGAAAUUGAAAACAACAUCAAAAUUAGAAAAGGUGUUGGGGAUCUUUGGCGAGUAUUAAAUAUGUAUGAUAUAUUUAAAACAAUUGCCCCAACUGAUAAAGACUAUCAAAACAUUCGGGAUGAUUUGUACAAAGAACUCUGUAUUCUACCCAAUAAAACACAUUCUUCAGUUAUUAAUUAUAUUGAUCCACACAUAUUAGCAGAAGUUAACCCGAAAAAAGAUUUUAAAGGGUAUGCUCCUUUAGAGUUUAGCGAAAUGACUAGACGUCUAAACUUGGUUCGAACUGAUAAAUUAGGACACACAUGUGGUCAUAAGAGCUACUAUUUCUUAGGAGAACUUGCAGAGUUAGAAGAGGCUUUAAUCAAAUAUACUGUAAAUAAAUUGCUUUUAAAUGAUUUCAAGCUAGUAUCAGUGCCUGAUAUCUUACCUAGAAAAGUAUUAGAAAGUUGUGGCAUGACUGUCAAUACAGAUCGAACACAGAUAUAUUCUUUAGACCCUGUGCACCAUGGUCCUGACCUAUGUUUAUCAGGUACAUCAGAGAUGUCACUUGCUGGGUUGUUAAUGAACACACUGCAUGCCAAAAGCGAUUUACCUCUUAAACUAGCAGCUGUCAGCAGAUGUUAUAGAGCUGAAACUUCAAAUGUCAUUGAAGAACGAGGAAUAUAUAGAGUACAUCAGUUCACAAAAGUGGAGAUGUUCAUAGUUACAAGUAAAAGUCAGUCAGAAGAUAUGCUUGAAUACUUAAGAAGGUUACAAGAGGAGCUAUUUAAACCUCUGGAUUUCAACAUGAGGAUCCUCGAUAUGCCUCCACAUGAAUUGGGUGCGCCUGCUUACAGAAAAUAUGACAUAGAGGCAUGGAUGCCUGGGCGUAAUAACUAUGGAGAAAUUUCAAGUUGUAGCAACUGCACAGACUAUCAAUCCCGAAGAUUAAACAUAAAAUAUGUCCAUGAUAAUGAAAUAAAUUACGUUCAUACAUUAAAUGGCACUGCUUGUGCUGUACCAAGGAUGUUAAUAACUCUGCUUGAAACUCAUCAAGACCCUAAAGGGAAAAUAAAUAUCCCUGAAGUAUUGCAGCCAUACAUGAACAAAAAAGUAUAUAUUACCAGAAACACUGUAGUCCCUGAAUUAAAAUUGAUGAAAAUAAAGCGAAAAUAA